UGAAUUUAAUUGAGGUGCACGAUAUCUAAUUGAAACACCACUUUUGCUUCUUAUUUAGGACCUUUUUCUUCUCUUUUUAAAUUUCUUUACUCCCUCCUAACUUUUACGGAGUUUUGUUUACAGAAAUCGAGGAUAUCAUCGUUGGGUAGACCGCCAUUACCAAAACUGCAAUUGAAGAUUCUGUAUACAAGAAAAUGAUGGCGGCGGCCGGAGGAGGAGACCGGCUGACUGAUCUGCCGGAGGAGAUUCUACUCCACAUCCUCUCUAUGUUACCAAACAGUAGACAAGUUGUUCAAAUGAGCGUAUUAUCAUCGGAAUGGCGAUUUCUUUGGAAAUCCGUUCAAGCAUCACUCUAUUACAACUCAGAAGUUUAUCUUAAACCUUACAAAAAAGAAAAUAUUCUGGAUUACGCAGCUUCUGUUAAUAGAGAGCUUCAUUAUUGGAGGUUUUGCGAUAAAAUCAAAUCAUUUAGGGUUUUUCCUAAUAGUUACGAGGACUUUAUUGCUCAUGAUGUUGAUUUGUGGGUGCACUUUGCUUUUAAUGUUGGUAAGGUUGAAGAGUUCACGUUGAAAUUUUGUUAUUUUAAGUCUCUAGGUUUUGCGUAUAAUUUUCCUGAAUACGCGUAUACGAAUACGGUUUUGAGGAAUUUGGUGUUAGGAUAUUGCUGGUUGAGACCUUCUGGUAAUGUGAAAUGGAGCAAUUUGGUUUCUCUUUCGAUUGGGGAUGCGGUUAUGACAGAGGGUGUAAUGGAAAAAGUAUUAUCAGGUUGUCCUAAUUUGGAGUGCUUGGAAUUAGAUAAAGUUGUUGGUAUUCGUUGUCUGGAUAUCACCUCUGCGAAGCUGACAAAAUUGAUUGUAACGAUUUAUGAAACUGAUUAUGAUGAAGACCAUUGCCUCGAAAUUCAUGCCCCACAUAUUCGACAUUUAGAACUUUUGGGGUUGUGUUACGAUAAGAUACACUUUCAGCUGAGAAAUGUGGCUUCACUUGUCACUGCACUCAUUUCUGUAGAAGUUUAUUUCGCCGACCUUGAAGAGAAUUUGGAGAAGGAGUGUAAAUAUUUGCAGGAACUUCUUCACCACGUUGCUAACGUCAAGAAUCUUGAAUUGGGUCCCUGGUGCAUCGAGAAAUUGCUGUCGAUGUACUCAAAUGAGGAUGAACGACGGAGGAGAUUUGAAACAAAUAGUUUUAACUGUUCAUUGCCACAUCUAAAGUUCUUCAAGUUCAUUAACUUUCGUGGAAAACCAAGUGAAAAAAAGUUUGUCCAUCCAUUGAUCAAAUGCUUGUGCAAGAAUGCGACAGCACUGAAGAAGUCUGUCAUUGCUUGCAACUUCAGAAGGAGAGAUGUGUUUUGGGAUUUUGUUGUCAGGAGCUUGCAAAUGUGCAAUGUUCCAUAUUAUUCAGAGCAAAGACAUUGGUUCUUGGGAACCCUUUGAUCCUGGGGAUUGAAAGCUCUGGAACAAGCAUCAUCAGGUAGCAGCUAAUUAGAGCAAAUGCCAAUGGAAUGAAUGAAGGAUGCUAGUUUUUGUAUGGCCCUGAUGCAUGUCAAACGACACUCUGAAAGCUAUUUUUGUGGCAAGAGACUGUACAACUGAUGAUUAGCUCUUCUCUUUAUAUCCGUUAUGAGCAAAUUAGUUUAGACAUGUUGAUAUUUGUAGAGAAAUGGAAGCAUAGAUAUCAUUGUUGAGAAGAAAUAAAGUAAAAAUCUGUUAUCCAGAGUGCAACAUAAGCUGUGGAUGUCAUCCUAACCGAAGCCUCUUCAAGUCCACAUUUUGAAUGA